AUGGUGCCCCAAGUGCAUACUGUUGUUUGGAGUAGAAAUAAUCCUGUAGAUAUUACACAUGAAUGGUAUGAAGAAGGUGACCUUGUGAUUGGUGGAAUAGUGUCUUUUAUCCGUUACUUAUUCCCCAAGCUUUCCUUCAAGAAACACCCUUCUCAGGUCUUUAUUGACAUUCCAGUCUAUUUUGAUUCAAGGACGACCUACAAAAACACUCUGGAUCUGCUCUUUAAAUCACAUCACUUUGUCCCCAACUACAUAUGUGGCAUUCAGAAAAAUGUCGUAGGCAUCAUUGGGGGACUUAGCUCUGACACCUCCUCAUCCAUGGCAGAUGUCUUAGGUCUUUACAAGAUUCCACAGAUUUCAUAUGGUUCAUUUCAACGAACCGUGGAUAAUCAAAUCAAAUUCCCUUCCUUUUACCGCAUGGUCCCCAAUGAAGGACUUCAGUAUCAGGGAAUUAUCCAGUUACUUUUGUAUUUCGGAUGGAAAUGGGUUGGGCUCAUUACCACAGAUAAUGAAGCUGGAGAACGUUUCUUGCAGACUAUUGAGCCAAUGCUUUUCAAGAAUCAGAUCUGUUCAGCAUUCACGGAAACUAUUGAGUACCAUCAGCAUUUCAGCAGUAACAUCCUUGAUAUGAUAGAUGAUAUGAAGCGUAGAUCGAAGCUGGUCACACAAGCUUUCAUACUGAGCAAAGCCACUGCUGUUAUUAUAUAUGGAGAAAGUCAGUCUAUUUCAUGGCUGUCACGUGCUGCAAUGACAAUCAAGAUAAAUCUGCUAAUAUAUCAUGAAUAUAGUAAGUUACCUGAAGGAAAAGUAUGGAUUGCAACAGCUCAAAUCGAUUUCAUAUUAGAUAUGUUUCAAAAAGAUUUAGGCUUUAACUUACAAAUGUUCCAUGGUGCUCUCUCCUUUGCUAUCCACUCCAAGGAGACUCACAGCUUCCAAGGUUUUCUUCAGCAAGUAAACCCUUAUUGGGCAGAUGGAGAUGGUUUUAUCAACGAUUUAUGGGAACAAGCAUUUCGUUGUUCAGUUUCAAACUCCACUGUGUCAAAAUACGUCCACUCAUUCCUGAAGAAGAUCUCAUUCAAUAAUAGUGCUGGUGAUGAAAUCAUAUUAAAUGAAUACGGAGAGUUAGCAGCUGGCUUUGAUAUUACAAACUUAGUCACUUUCCGAAAUGGAUCAUAUGUCAGGGUCAAAGUGGGGAGGCUGGAUCCUCAGGCCCCUCCUGGCAAAGAGCUCACCAUCAAUACGGACAGAAUCAAAUGGCACAGUGGCUUCACUCAGGAACCGCCACGUUCAUUAUGUAAUACCUACUGCCGUCCUGGUUAUGGGAAGAGAAAGAAGGAGGGGGAGAAGUUUUGCUGUUAUGAUUGUGAUCCAUGUCCACAUGAGAUGUUCUCAAAUGAGAAGGAGAUGGAAAUAUGUGUCAGGUGCCCUGCAGGUCAGUAUCCAAAUGAAGACCAGGAUCAAUGCAUUUCAAAGAGACCAAAUUUCCUGGGCUUUGAUGAAAUUUUGGGCAUUGUAUCAACUUUCUCUGUACUUUUCUUCUCUCUGAUCACAAUUCUUGUGCUUGCCAUCUUCAUUAAGCACAAAGACACUGCCAUAGUCAAAGCCAACAAUAGAAGCCUCACUUAUAUUCUCCUUGUGUCCCUCCUCUUGUGUUUCCUCUGUUCCUUGAUGUUCAUUGGAACACCUAAGGAGGCAACCUGCCUUCUCCGACAAACAAGUUUUGGCAUCAUCUUCUCUGUGGCCCUCUCCAGUAUCUUGGCCAAAACUAUAUCAGUGGUUUUGGCAUUCAUGGCUACCAAGCCAGAUUCCAAAAUCAGGAAGUGGGUGGGCAAAAAACUGGCUUAUUCCAUUGUCUUUUCCUGCUCCAUUGUUCAAGUAGGAAUCUGUGUCUUCUGGCUGGCAACCUCAGCCCCAUUCCCAGAUGUGGACAUGCACUCAAUGACGGAAGAAAUCAUAUUUAUUUGUAAUGAAGGGUCAGUCUUCAUGUUCUAUUGUGUUUUGGGCUACAUGGGCUUCCUGGCCAUUAUCAGCUUCACUGUGGCCUUCUUAGCCAGGAAAUUGCCGGACAGCUUCAAUGAAGCCAAGUUCAUCACCUUCAGCAUGCUGGUCUUCUGCAGUGUUUGGUUCUCCUUUAUUCCCACAUACCUGAGCACCAGAGGGAAAUAUAUGGUGGCUGUGGAGAUCUUCUCCAUCUUGGCUUCCAUUGCUGGAUUACUGGCUUGCAUCUUUUCCCCCAAAUGCUACAUCAUUGUGGUGAGGCCUGAGCUGAAUAACAGAGAGCAGCUGAUACGGAGAAAGAUGUAA